UCUGUGAUGUGACCGCAUGGCGUGUUUUAUGUUUGUCUAGUUUACCGUGGUUAUAGUCGAGUAAAGUAGUGUGUUGGAUGAUAUGAUUGCAAGUGCAAUCGAUGAAGCAAAUUUAAAAGAGUCAACAUCAUAUUUCCUACAAAAUGGAUAGCGAAAAGAAACUAAAGCGUAAACGGAAACGGAAUGAAAAGGAAAAGACCGACGCUUCCAAGAACAAUAGUCAUAAAACUGACAAGACAUCUCAAGAAAAUAUUGUACAAAGUAAUCAAAAGAAGAAAAGAAAAAGAUUAUCGAAUGAAGCUAGUAAUGAUGCCACUACCAAUAUUGAUACUUCAAAAUCAGUAUUAUCUUCAAAGGAAGCUUCAGAUGAGAAUGUAAAGAUUACAAAAAGUCCAUCUAAAAGGCAGUUAAAAAAAGAAAAGGCUAUCCAAGCAGCUGUUAAAAAGAUGGAAUCUCGUAAAGCACAUGUCACGCAAAAGGCAUUAAAUUAUGUAUCCAUGUGGAAACAUUCUAGAAACGAAUGGAAGUUUGAGAAGCUUAAGCAGAUAUGGCUGAUGGAUAAUUUGUUGGAUGAGAAUUCCAUCUCUGACAAGCUUUUUCCUAUCGUUCUAGAGUACUUCGAAGGUUGUAAAGGCAUGGCACGCGAAGUGUUAUUACGUAAGGGAAUGGAAAUUAUAAGGAAAGCUGAGGAAGAAAUGGACGAAGAUAAAAAAAAUGAAAUUAUGCAGUCAACUACUUAUGAGAGAGCGAGACAACUUCUACAAACUUUACCGACCGACAAGUAGUUUCAAUUUUAAAUAAUUUUAAGCUAAAAAAACAGAUAAAAAAUUGUUGAGAAGAGCUAUCUUUAACAUAUCAGGU